AUGUUCGGGUAUAAUUACAUAUUAUCUGUGUGUUCGUUGCUAUUCCUUUUGAAUAUAGUCACAGCACAGUACUGUGCUUUAUAUGGCAAUUGCGGUAAGAAAUCAGUGUUUGGUUCUCAAUUACCGUGUGCAAUAGAGGACCCAGAGUCAUUUGAUCCACCUGCACCAGACAGCGACUUGAUUAAUUUGCUGAUUGAGACGUGUGGUGAAGAAUGGCAGGACGCAGAUUCCCUCUGUUGUACGAGUGACCAGGUCAAAGCUUUAAAUUCAAAACUUAAGAAGGCUAAUAAUUUCAUCAAAUCAUGCCCUGCAUGUGUAGAAAAUUUUAAAAACCUAUUCUGUCACUUUACAUGCUCCCCAGAUCAAGCUUCUUUUGUCAAUGUGACGGAAAGGAGCAAGUCAAAGGAUGGUCGUGAUGUGGUGGACGAAUUAGAAGUGUUUUUGGAUGAUGAGUGGGCUGAAAGAUUCUAUAAUUCAUGUAGAAAUGUCAAAUAUUCAGGUACCAAUGGUGAUGCAAUGAAGUUUAUUGGUGGCAAUGCCAAAAAUUAUAGUGACUUUUUGAAGUUUUUGGGCGAUAAAAAACCUUUACUUGGUGGAUCACCUUUCCAAAUCAACUACAAAUAUGACGCUCCAAGAGGUUAUGACUUGUUUGACUAUGAUGUUUAUGACUGCAAUGAUGAGAAAUAUAAAUGUUCCUGUAAUGACUGCCAGGAAUCUUGCCCUGCAAUUCAAACUUUCGCAAAUGAGCAUGAGAAAGUUGGCAAGUUGCCUUACUUCUCUUUCGUACUAUUGUCCAUCUAUGCUGUGGUCAUUAUUGCACUUAUUGGUUGGAAUGUUUAUCUAAGAGUUAAAGGUAAGGAAAUGACUUUACUCGCCGAUGAACCAGUCGAGGAUACAAAUGAAACUGCAGGCAACGAGGUAAUACAGUCGUAUGAUACAAGACCUUACCAAAUCAACAAUAUUGUUGCAAAAGGUUUGAGUGAAAUUGCUGGCUGUUCCACCGUGUAUGCAAAGACUGUGCUGGCAGUUACGGGAGCAUUGUUUAUUAUUUGUUACUUCUUAUUAUACAAAUACUAUGAUCCCACAACUGAUUCAACCGAUUUAUGGGCACCAAGGAACUCUCAAUCUUACAAAGACAAGCAAUAUUUUGAAGAUAACUUCGGUCCAUCUUUCAGGACUGAACAAAUACUGAUUGUUAACGAAACAGGUCCUGUAUUAUCAUACCCUACAUUAAAAUGGUGGUUUGAAGUUGAGAAGAACCUAACUACCCAAGUAAACUACAAGAACGUUACAUAUCAAGAUCUAUGUCACAGACCUACCAAUUACUCAACUUGUUUUGUUGAGUCGUUGACACAAUAUUUCAAUGGUAUCCCACCAGCUAAAUCGAGUUGGGACGCUCAAUUAGAGCUAUGUGCUGAUACUCCAGGGAUGUGUGUUCCAAGUACCCAAGAGCCAUUAAAAAAGAGUGCACUUUUUUCGAACGUUACUCAUGUCUUGGAUUCUAAAGCAAUUAUUGUUACAUUGUUAUUGAGCAAUCAUUCUGAUGUUGCAGAACAUUGGGAACACCAUCUAGAGAAUUUCUUGUUGGAUAUUGAUGCUCCCAAGGGUGUUAGAAUCAGCUUUAGUACCGAGAUAUCCAAAAAUAAAGAAGUUGAUGACAACGUUGAAUCCUGGACUCUAACUUUUUCCUAUCUGUUGAUGUUUUUAUUCGUCUCAUGGGCCUUGAAAAAGAAAAGUUCGAGUAAAAUUAAAAUUUUAAUGGGAAUUGCUGGCAUAUUAAUAGUCUUUAUAUCACUUGUUUUCACAGCUGGGCUUCUAUGCUCCAUUGGAGUACAACCAACACCAUUGGUUAUAAAGAUUUUACCAUUUAUAAUUUUGGCCAUUGGAAUCGAUAAUAUUUUCCUUUUGAGUGAUGAGUUUGAUAAGAUAUCCGAGGUCAAACCUAAUUGGUUUACUGAUGAAAAAAUUGUGAAGUCAGUUAGUAGAAUUUCACCAUCAAUUUUUUUGGCCUUUAUCUGUCAACUUUCCUCUGUCCUUCUAGCAGUCUUCGUUUCAAUGCCCGUGGCUAGGAAUUUCGCAAUCUAUUCUGCAGUUGCUCUAGGUAUAAAUAUGCUUCUACAACUAACCACUUAUCUUUCUAUUUAUUCCGUAUGUGAAAACAAAUUUGAAACAAUCAGGCUUUCUGAUACGAAUAGUGUGGCUAGGGUUUCAGGCCGUUUUGAAAGUUGCUAUUUUAACCUAUUGACAAGAAAGAGAAAGAAAACUAUCGCUGUCUUCGUCGUUUUGACUUUAUUGUCUAUAACCCUUUUGCCCUGUUUGAAAUACGGCUUAGAUCAAAGAUUAUAUGUACCAAGUACAUCACAUUUAGUUGAUUACUACGAUGAUGUCUCUGACCAUCUACAGAUUGGUCCACCAGUUUACUUCGUGGUGAAAGAUUUAGACUUGACAAAGAGAAAAAACCAACAAAAGGUCUGUGGUGAGUUCUCUACUUGCCACAAUAAUUCAUUAUCAAAUGUCUUUGAAAAAGAAAGAUCAACUUCAAAGAUGAUUGAACCAUUGGAAAACUGGAUUGAUGAUUACUUUAUGUUUAUGAAUCCAGAAUUUGAUCAAUGUUGCCGCAUAAAAAAAUCAGAUCAUGAAGUAUGUCCUCCCUAUUUCCCAACGUGGGGCUGUGAAACAUGUCUCAAAAAGGAUCAUUGGAACUAUAAUAUGUCAGGAUUUCCAGAGGGUCAAGAUUUCAUUAAAUUUUUCAAGAUUUGGAUUGAUACACCAAAUGACAAAUGUCCUUUCGGUGGUAAACUGUCAUAUUCGAGACAAGUCAAUUUCAACAAUACCAAUAUAACAUCGUCUUCAUUCCGUUCCUUCAAUGGGCCACUACGUUCAGAGGAAAGCUACAUCAAGGCUUACAAUGCUGAAAACAAAUUAGUUGAACUUUUCAAGGAAAAGAGUGGUUUGGAUGUUGUUGCAUAUUCUCCAUUCAACAUCUUUUAUGAACAAUACAAUUCUAUGGCGUCAGUCACUUCAAAAUUGUUGGUAGUGUCACUUAUUUUCGUAUUUAUUUUUUCAACGAUAUUGUUAGGCUCAGUGUUAACUGCUGCAUUGUUAACUGGUACUAUAAUCAUGAUCCUAAUAAAUAUGUUCGCUAUGAUGAUUAUGCUGAAUAUCUCGCUAAACCCAAUAAGCUUAGCAAAUUUGCUCAUUGCUGUUGGUGUAGCCUCAGAAGCCUGUAUCCACAUUGCCAGAGCAUUUACCAUUGUUCCACAUGGUACAAAGAAUAACCCAUCCUUAAGGUCAAUUUUUGCAGUGAAGUCAAUUGGUUGUUCUGUUUUCUAUGGUGUUAUAAUGACCAAGUUCGUUGCACUUCUUUUGCUUUUCUUCAGUAAAUCGAAGCUAAUUGAUACAUAUUUCUUCCGCAUGUUUAUGUCAUUAAUUUUAAUGACAGCUUUACAUUCUUUGGUCUUUUUACCAAUUGUGCUUUCAAUGUUUGGUGGUAGGGGAUACAUCGACGAUACUGUUACUUUUGAUGAGGAAGAAAAUGAUGAGAGCUAA